AUUUUAUUUUUCGGCGGAUUUUGUGCAUUGAUGUGGAUGUAUUACGAAAUUGAGUACUCUCUGGAGAAUGUAGAUUUAAUAAAAACACGAUAUACGGAAUCCCUCAAGGAACCGAUCCAAAUUAAGAUAAAUGUAAACAAUUCAAUAGGAAUGGAACCUAAUCAUACCAGGCGUUACUUUGUAAAUAGUGCAAAGUGCAAGAUGCCCUAUGCGGAUCCCUUCUCGCCCGAGUCAAUGCAGAUCUAUAAGCCGGCUAAGCUAAAGGUCUGCACAAAACAAUCGGAUCUAUUUCACUUAAGCUUUGACCGCAACACAAAUCGCUAUUCUCUGCACGUUAAUGAGACGAUUUUGCUGCCUUUCGGGAAUGGGAUUGAGUGCAAUUAUAGAGGGAUAAGCCAACGAAAGAUACAUGCGACUGUUUACUUUGAGAAGCAACAUGAAUUGCCCCAAAAUAUCAACGGAGUCAUUGCGCAAUGUCAUAUUAAGCUGAACUCUUCACUCAUCCAAAUCAUACAACAAGAUGCAUUUCCCCUGCAUCAAGUAACUAAUGAAAGGAGGCAAACGCCUAGCAAACAACCGACACGACAGCCCAGUGUCAUAAUACUUGGUCUGGACAGCAUGUCGCGCAUGAAUUUCGAACGGACAAUGCCCUUGACGGCAAAGUUUGUCCGUCAAGAGGGCUGGUACCCUCUGUCCGGCUACAACAAGAUGGCGGACAAUACUUUCCCGAAUGUCUACACGGUGCUGUCCGGUGUGGCGAUGUUGGACGAGCACGCAUUUCGUUGGCAAAAGUAUCGAGAUACUAGAAUGAUCUGGAGAGAUUACAUUCGCGCUGGCUAUGCGACAGCCGUAACCGAGGAUGUUAUAAGCAUUCCAUUAUUUCGCCAAAUAUAUAAAACGACGCCGAUGCCUUACAAUCUACGCUCAUUGCUGCUAAGCAUCGCUGAGACACUGAAAACCUACGUGAGUUUUGGCUAUGAUUACUGCAUCGGACGUCGGCUGGCCUUCUCGUAUGUCUACGACUUCUGUGCCCAGUUCAUCACACGCCAUAUGCUCGAGCUGGAUCAGCCCAUGUUCGGUUUCUUCUGGAGCUGCACAUUCACCCAUGACUCGUACAAUGUGGCCACCAGUCUGGAUCGUAUAUUCGUGGACUACUUGUAUUUAUUUGAGCAGCUGAAGCUGUUCGACAACUCGAUUGUCAUUCUAUUGAGCGAUCACGGUGCACGUUUCGGCAAACCCAUGGAUCUGUCCGAUAGUUUCCUCGAGGAACGUUUACCUUUGCUGCAUAUCUACCUGCCGCCCUGGUUCCGCAAAGCCUAUCCACAGUACGCUCAUGCCUUGGCUAUGAAUUACAAUCGCUUGUGCUCAAACUAUGAUUUGCAUAAUACACUGCGACACCUGCUCCAGCUGAAUGCCACGACGCCAGCGAUGCUGCCCGCUGUGGCCAGUUGCCCGAGUAGUCAAUCGCUGCUGCACCCGUUGCCCGUGGAGCGCAGCUGUGAAGAUGCUUGCAUCGUCGAGCAUUGGUGCACUUGCAACGAGUUUGUGAAUGUAACCAUAGAAAAUAACAUGAGGCACUUGGCUGAGAUGAUUGUCACAAAAAUCAAUAUAUGGAUGCUGAAGAAUGGGUUCAGCAAGAAAUGCCAGCGUCUUCUCCUUACGGAUGUUGACAAGGUCGAAGUCAAGAAGUCCGAGAUGAUGCAGAAUAUUGUUACACUGCGAAUUCUCUUUUGCACCUAUCCCAACGUUGGCAAAUUCCGAACGACACUGAAAUAUAAUGUCCAAUUGAAGAGAAUUGUGUAUUUGGAUGUGCCGGAAAUAAGUCGCAUUAAUUCGUAUAGAACUGAUGCGCCUUGUGAGUGGAAUACAAUAGCAAGAAAGUUUUGCUUUUGUUAUAAAAAAAAAACACGGAAGAACACUCUAGUUGGGGAUCACCGACUGCGGAAUGCUUAUUCACAGUCAAGACGCGGCCAGAUCCGCCAUUUCUAA